UCCCGUCACGUGAACGGACUGUUUCGAGUCGAGUCAGCGUUUGGUACCCGCCUUUAGUCGUCGAGUUCCUGUUAAUGUGCUGUUUUGGUACCAGUCGAAGAAAUAAUUUGUUAUUACUCAGCGCACGGAGGCUGCGUUUUUGCCCUUGUCCGUAACUGAAAAGUGACGAAAUCAAGAUGAGUCUGACAGAGUUUUGGCUGAUUUCAGCUCCGGGGGACAAAACUUGCCAACAGACCUGGGAGAAACUAAACAAUGUGACCUCCAAGCCCACGGCAAUGUCUAUGAAUAACAAGUUCAACAUCCCCGACCUCAAAGUCGGAACGUUGGACGUCCUUGUCGGGCUGUCAGAUGAGCUGGGAAAGCUGGAUGCGUACGUUGAAAGCGUUGCCCGGAAGCUAGCACACUACCUUGGCGAGGUCUUGGAGGACACGAAAGACAGACUGGCGGAAAACCUCACAGCAAAUGGAGUUGACCUGACAUCGUACGUUACUCGGUUCCAGUGGGACCUCGCCAAGUAUCCCAUCAAGCAACCCCUGAAGAACAUCACUGAAAUUAUUUCCAAGCAAGUCACUCAAAUGGAUGGUGAUUUGAAAACCAAAGCUUCCGCAUACAACAACCUGAAAGGCACCUUACAAUCUUUGGAGAGAAAAGCAACGGGAAGUUUACUGACCCGUAACCUUGGAGACCUAGUCAAGAAGGAGGAUUUUAUUUCCAAUUCCGAGUAUCUGGUCACUCUUCUUGUCGUAGUUCCAAAGGCAUCGUUUCAAGAGUGGGAGGUGAAAUACGAGAAACUGGCUGACAUGGUCGUCCCAAAGUCAUCGAGGAAGAUUUAUGAGGAUACAGAACAUGGUUUGUUCACGGUGACUUUGUUCCAGAAAGUAGUGGACGAGUACAAGCUUCACGCCCGGGAAAACAGAUUUACGGUCAGAGAUUUUACGUAUAACGAGCAGGCCCUGGCGGCUGGGAAAGACGAACUCAACAAAUUGGCAGCAGACAAGAAGAGGCAAUAUGGACCCCUGGUGAGAUGGCUGAAGAUCAACUUCAGCGAGGCAUUUAUGGCGUGGAUCCAUGUCAAGGCGCUUCGAGUCUUUGUGGAGUCAGUCCUCAGGUAUGGCCUGCCAGUCAACUUCCAGCCCAUGCUCCUGCAGCCAUUCAAGAAAUCCCACAAGAAGUUGAGAGAGAACCUAGCUGUACUCUACGCCCACCUUGACAGCAACGCCGGGACUGCCACAGAUUCUGGUUACGACAUCCCCGGCCUGAUGAUGAGCCAACAAGAGUAUUACGCCUACGUUUACUACCCUAUCAAUAUCAACUUCUGGGAUCGGAUAUGAAAUACAAGCGGGAGAAGCAUCAACCGACGACAUCUUAGUAAAUUGGGAAAAAGCCAAAGGAUUUUUACUGAUGGGAGAAUGGGGCCAAGCCAAAAAAAAGUUUUGUUUGCUGUUACUUUGCAAAAUUGGGCAGGUGGCUGAAAUCACUGUUCUUCAUUUUUAUUUUCACUGAGUUUUUUUUAACCCUAACCCCCUAGGUGUGUAUGUAAAAUUGUAUUGAAAUUGGAGGAUUUGGGACUGUUAGGGUUAAUCUAAUACAUUUUAGCCGAAGAUAUUAGCCCAAACCCCCUAAGCCCUUUUUGCUAGGGACCCUCCUCAAUCCUCCAGAAUCCUCCAACCUUUCUUGAAAAUGUUACUUUGGAGGUGUG